AUGUUACGCCGAUCGUCGCGACACGUUUUUCGUUUCCUCGAUUUCACGCAUAAAUUGGAAGCCUCGAAAUCGAACGUGUUGAACAUUUCAGCAGCUGCUCGCUAUGCAAGUCAUCCUAGCCAAACAUCCGCUACUGCCCUUUCAGCCCUUUUAAUGGGAAUUCUUCAACAAGAUAGUUCACGUUCAGAGGCCAAAAACGUGGCUCAGGCACCGCUAAUACUCGUCGUUUGUUUAUUGUGGCAGUGCAAUCUACUUAUGAUCCAAAAAGCAGUUAUAUCGCAGCGCAUCGAAAUGAAGAUCAGUGUAAUUGCCAGUGUCGCCGCCUCGUCUGAAAUUUCUUCUCGACAUCCCCGUGAUAUCGAGAUCGGCGAAAAGAGAUAUUCUCAGUUGACCGACAUGAUGGGAUUCUACAAUCCGGACUUCGACGAGCGAAAGUACUGGGCGUAUGGCUGCAACUGCUUGAUCCUCGGCGAUCGACCGAUGUCUGAUCCCGGACACGGACCACCUGUUGAUGCCUUGGACUCUGUGUGCAAGCAAUACAAAGAUUGUGUCAAAUGCGCCAGGCAACAAUUCGGAGAAAUGUGCAUCGGCGAGUUCGUAGCCUACAACUACGGACAGAAAAACGGCGAUAAAUUCUGCAAAGACGAUCCCAAUACAUGCGACCGAGCUUUGUGCGAGUGCGAUCUCCAAUUCGCAAAGAAUCAUGUCGGACAGAAAGAGGUUUUCGACGCAGACUAUCAUCUUUUCUGGACGACGACUGGCUUCAACCCCGACGACAGCUGCUCUUCUGCUGGAAAUGGAGCCUACGAUCCUCAGUGCUGCGGCCUUCCAGACGGUCCAAUGUCAUUGUUUAAUGCGAAUCGCAAAUCGUGCUGCGAUGGCGUGGUUAAAAACGAAUGUUAG